CUUGUCGCGUGAUAGUCACCAAGAUGGCCGAAGAACGAGAAACGUUGGAGUCGGUACUGAACAAAGCGACAAACCCAGCCCAGAGAGAUGAGGACUGGGACUUCAUCAUGGCAUUCUGUGACAAGGUGAACCAUGAUCUGGAGGGGCCCCAGUUUGCCGUGCGACUCCUGGCACACAAGAUACAGUCGCCCCAGGAGAGAGAGUCACUGUUUGCCCUCACUACACUGGAAGCAUGUGUGAAGAACUGUGGCCGCAGAUUUCAUCAGGAAAUUGGAAAAUUUCGUUUUCUAAAUGAGAUUAUCAAAGUUGUGUCUCCCAAGUAUCUUGGCUCCAAGACAACAGAGAAAGUGAAGAAGAGGUGUAUUGAGAUUCUGUACAGCUGGAGCAAGGGCUUGACCCAUGAGUGUAAGAUCCAGGAGGCUUACACCAUGCUCAAGACCCAGGGCAUAGUGAAGGAGGAUCCAACUUACGUGGACACAUUCUUCCAGACCUUCGAGAUCCCCCCAGAGCGGCCACGUAAUGCUGUGUUUGAAGAUGACGAGAAGGCCAAGCUUCUGUCUAAACUCCUGAAGAGUAAGAACCCCGAUGACUUGCAGGCUGCCAACAGACUCAUCAAGAACAUGGUGAAGGAGGAUGCGGCUAAGUCGGAGAAGAUAUCCCGGCGGAUCAAUGAGCUGGAGACCAUCAGCAACAACGUGAAGCUGCUGACAGAGAUGAUGUCCAUCUACGACAAGAACACCACCACACAGGCAGAGAAAGACAUGAUGAAGGAGCUGCAUGCAACACUGGAGAAGCUACGCCCCAACUUGUUCCGGCUCGCCAGCGAUGUAGAUGAGAAAGACAGUGACGGAAUCAAUGAUAUCCUGAAGGCUAAUGACACAGUUAUGAAGACAAUGGGAGAAUAUAAGUCCAAGGUUGAGGGAAUCCAUGAAGAAGGAGACUGGGCUCAUGGCAAAGAUGCCUCCUCAUUACUGGAUCUCAACUUUGAACCAUCGCCCAGCAGAGCAGCUAGAAUUGAGCAAUCCGCAACCUCCACCUCAACAGCCAUCUUGGAGGGCGAAUUCCAGGCAUUAGGUCUGGAUGACAAGAAGGUGUCCGGGACCCAGGCGUCCGACAGCUCUGUCCUCAGUGAACUAGAUGACAUAUUUGGAGCUGCUGCACAACAGCCUGUUUCCAAACCCCCGCAGCCUGCUUUGUCUCAAGCCAUGUCCACAGCAGGAAUGUUUGCCUCCGGCACAGCGCCAGUCAUGGGAGCAGCGGCACCAUUCCCCGUCAUGGUGCCAGCGAUGGGCCAGCAGCCUGGAUUUUCACCAUUUGGGCAGCUGCAGCAGCCUGUAGCACCAGCAGUACAAGGAGUUCAGGCCUCAAGCGCAUCAACUGGCGUGUCAUCACAGAAAGUACCAGUGACUGCAAUGGCUGACCUUGACCUCCUAGGUCAGAAUCUGCUACAGCAGAGUUUGGGUGGAAAGGACCAGCGCAAUCACUUCCCUCCACAACAAACAACACCAAAGAAGAUGACCAUGAAUCAACUUGCUGCGGUGUCUGCUGGUAGCCAAUCAGCACCAGGCACACAGCCUACUUUACUUUUAUUAGCCAAUCAGAAUUCAUCCUCACAGUCUACAGCAAUACUCAACCCAGUGGGUCCCGGGAGUGCUGUAUCACAAGAGCUACUUCCCCUAACUGACAUCUUCGUUCCCCUAGAAAACAUCAAACCAGCCACAGACAUGCCCCCAGUGACAGCCUAUGACAAGAACAGUGUCAAGACCGUGAUUCAUUUUGCGACAGACAAGCCUCGGUCGGAUGUACUUGUUAUGGUCCUCUCAACACUGUCCACCAACACAAGUCCCAUCAAGAAGUUUGUUUUCCAGGCAGCUGUGCCAAAAGUGAUGAAGGUGAAGCUGCAACCCCCCUCAGCCUCGGACCUCCCAGCAUACAACCCCAUCCUACCCCCAGCAGCCAUAACACAAGUUAUGCUCAUAGCAAACCCAAAAAGGGAAAAGAUCCGGUUAAAGUACAAAGUGACGUAUAUUUUAGAUGAGAACAAUGUGACGGAUACAGGAGAUAUAGAUGCAAUUCCCAGUCAGUGAACACCUCCUAGGUUGUUGUUAAUCCUGUUAUCAAGGCAUAGAACAAAGACAUGCGAGAAGUGCUGUGGAUGUCAGGUAUCUAUUGGUCCAGGGAUGCAAGGAGUCCUGGUGAACAGAUACAAGUGGGUAGCUGCUUGAAAGAUGUGCUUGUGGAGCUGAUCGGUGUGUGUAAAGGAGUGAUUGACAAAGAAAACAUGAAGACCUGGGGACAGAAUUUAUGCUCAGCGUACAACUACCCAGAGACUGGACAAUGUUCCUACACUGAUUCCAUUGCCAUGAUAUACAUCGGGAGCAUCACAUCACACAAUUAAUGAGUAUCUCACACAAUACUCACCUUUCCUGUUCACACAGCUUGUAUGAACACUUUACACAGCAGAUGAAAGUCAAACAUAAAUUAAUUACACAGACUCUUCAUGUACUCGAAUAUGAACAGGUUAACGAUUAUCGGAUUAUUGACACAACGUACACUUGGGUUUAUUUGGUGGACAUUCAGCACCAAUCUGGUAGUGUGAUCAAGCAUUGUUUAGAGUAGCAGCCGGAAUGUUCAGAGCCUGCCGAUUGUCUGGAGCAUCCGAUACCUGUACGUCUAGGUGCCGGGCUCCACCUGGACUGUUGGUUCUUUGAUCACACCAAUGUUCGGAGUUCUGUUCCCCACAGACAUCGGAUGAAGACUGUUCUCCGUGUCCGUGGACAUGAUGCUGAUGCAGUAUUGCUAAAUAUGGCAGAAAACCUUCCUCCGCCAUUGUCUAGAUAAUAGCCAGACCUGAGUUCAGGAAAUGAAAGAUUUGAUGCUAUUUAUAUUUUGGUUAUUUCUUCUGAAUGGCUAUUUCAGCCCUGGGCAAAGCACUCAAGUCUCAAAAGGCAUACUGAGAUAGUUUGAAUCAAGGUUGCAUACACAAGACAAUACUGUGCUACUGGACUUUGGGCUGGCAAGACAGCGCUUGUGAUAUUACCCAUGUCUAGGCUGCUACCAAUGGCGAAGGCAAGGGAACUCUGCUUUGUCACUAUGGAAGUGCUAAUAUGUAUAUCAUGCUGGCAUCACUGUGAGACAUGAAAUCCCCCUUCACUUUUCACCUGUGUGCUUACCACAAUCAUCGAGUUAUAUCACAGAGGUGACUAUUUUAUACCGAAAUCUUGAAAACUUGGUCAUAUACAUGUUGCUGUUUCAGAGUGUUGAAGAUGGGCAUCACGUUAUACACAUUGUAUAUAUUGGUAAAUAUUUGUUUUUGAUUGAAUCUAUUUCCAACCGUUGUUCACAAUGUGUUAUUUGUUACGGUACCUAAGUAGUCAGACUCUGUCAGUUGUAAAUACUGGGUGUUGGGGCAUGGAAACAGAAUAUUUCUAACGGUUUGUUAACUCUCACCCCUUAGACAUUAAUUUCUGAAAGCGAAAUGGGAAGACAAUUGCAGUUAGCAAGAAAAUGUUGUUGUGAAAGGCUGGUACACUGUUGUCAAUAUAUGCAACUUUAUUGGCAUGUCUUAUAAUGUUAGGUUUUGCAAUUUAUUUGUCAUUUUCAGUAUUUUUCAAAGAACCUGGUGGUCAAUGUAACAAACACACAUCCCCUCAGAACAGGCUGACUAUGGCCUGCCAUGUGACUACAGAUAGUAUCAAGGCGCAGUAACAGGGAUGUGAGUGACACUUAAAGCAAGCAAUCCCAGUGCAAGAGGGUUCUUCUGUAUAUUGGCCUUGAUGAAUACAUGUAUUUCAAUUAUUGCCUUUAGAAAUGAAGGCUUACUCACUUCAUCACACAUAACAACUGUACACAAGUACACCUACAAUGUGCUUCAAUGAUGAGUUUGUAUCCUUUGGCCUCCACCAUCAGCUGCACCAAGAUGGUCUUGUGUUAUUUACAAGUCAUAGCACGAAGAUUGCUUUGUGGAACAAGAUCCUUGUCAUAUCUCAGCAGAAAUGUUAAUAAGAAUAUCCCACCAUUGUAUCCCAGUUACUUACCUGAAGAUUAUGUCCUCCAUGUGUAACCAACGGCUUCCUCUCGUUUAGUCCUAUCUGCAUGUCCCAUAUUAUUAUUACAUGGCAUCAUCCACUAGUCAUCACUUAGAUCUGACAGCAGCAUGUAUCUCUGUAGCUUUUGCUUUCACUGGCCAGUAUGUUUAUCAUACUCUUGCAUUUAGGCAUUGUAUCAUUGUUCCUGAGCUUGUGAAUGUGGAUUUAUUAUGAAAACUAUGGUACUAAAUUAUUAUGGUUUAUAAAUCAGAUUCUUAUCAAGUGCAAAUUCUGAAAAUGAUUAUAAACCAUGGCAUGUACGUCCAAAAAGGUUUACUGUCAAGGGCAUUGUGGUCUGGUGGGUUUCCUUUUACAAAGAUCAAAAUUUCCGAAUCAAGAUUGGAUGGAAAUAAAGCUGAUUAGUUGAUAAAACAGAUGACAUCUGAUUGGCUCAAAAACCCAUGGAAUAGCUUCACCUUAUGGAGAGUUUGUCAGAUCUUUACACAGAGAGGUAGCAUAUCGGAGUGAAAGACUGGACUUAAAUGAGACUGACAUUAUGCAUGACCAGUUCUGUUACUGCUGAUAACUUGAACAUAUGGAUAUAGUUUGUGAUCAGAAAAUGUUUUAGCUGAUAUUGUAAAGAGGUCUUUAAAAGUAAUAAUCUUUGAGUGAUAGUUUUGGGCUAGUUGGCACAUGUAGGUUCGAGAACAAGCAAUCAACUCAUUGGUUAAUACUUGGGAAGAUGCAGAGGUCCACAAGGUCAGUGGGCGUUGCCCCUUCUCCAUGUGUACUAGAUUCACCCGAUUCAGGUCGUUGGUCUGUCCUCUUCCUACCCAUUCUUGUAGGUUUCACCACAGCAGUAGAUGUCACUUAGCUGUUGGGCCUUCCUCCCAACAAGCCAUAUCAUACUUAUAUGACAAUGGUAAACCAAA